AUGGCGAAGGGGCUUGGAGGGGUCGGUACACGACCUCCUAAGGUAGAAGGGAACAUACUGCGGUAUAGCUAUGGUACGGUGGGUCCUUCCAAUUGGGCUCAGGUCUGCCCUGCUCUGCUAGCGUCUGCCCUCCACACUCCCGCUCCCACUUCCACUCCCACCACUUCGUCGCUGUCGUGCAGACAGAGUGACAGACAAACACAGACACCCCAACCCUCACAGACCUCCACCAAAAUCCCUCCCUCCUAUCAACGCUCAGAUAUUAUCACGAUCUACCUGCUCCAUCCCCAUCCGGUCGGUCCUCUUCUCCAACUUGUCUUGUCAACCCCGAAUUUCGACCGCUCCAGACGAUCCGCCACUCUGAUGAAAUCGGUACGCCUCAUCCUCGCCCUCGUUGGCUCAGGAGCGAACGGUUCUUCAGACCUCAGACAAACUUCAGACUUCAGCCUUUAG